UGCUCCAGCGCCACCCACCCUAGCGCCUGGCGGGGCGCGGGGGGCAGAGCCCGGAGCCGGCCUCGCGACCAAGGAUGAACCAGCACCUGCCAAAUUUUUGAGACAGCUCAGGGCUUAGAGGAAGGCUCAUCUAAAUAAAGGCCGGCUGAAGUGACAUUGCAGGGUUUUAAUCCUCCAGCUGACCGUGUGACCAGAAGGCUGAUUUGCCAGUUCCUUCUUUCCUGGGGUCCAGAUUAUUAGGUCUCCAGUGCCCUGGGACUCAACAAGGGAAGCACAAAAUGAAGAGGGUCGGAGAUAAGCACCAGCAGCGGAGACUUGGGGGCCUCCCAGGGGCUUUUCCACACCAGAGUGCACGGUUCCCUGGCCAACUAAGGAAAUAGCAAACCGCAGCCUUUGUCCUGGGACCAGCCACCGACCGCAGAGCAUCAGCCUGCACCUUCCUCCAGGUUCCCGGAGUCCGACCAGGGAAGAGCUACGGCCACUGGCGUGUGCCUCACUGCACCGUUACAGCUUAGUUCAACCAGAGGGGAGGGAGGUGGAAAUGUCUCAACUGAGGUGAAGCUGGGCUGGGCAGACGUCCGCGUUUGCCUCUGCUUCUCACCCUGAGGCUGCUCAGCCGGGGGAGUUAGGCCAGCGCUCAGGACAGCUCGUGGACCCUGGGCUCAGCCGUCCUCCACUGGCAUCCCCCCGCCACUGGGCCUCUUCCGCUUUACGGCCACCUGCCCUUGAUCAGAGCCUCUUCGCUGAGAUGAAGACGUGAGCCUGCGGUGGACGAUGACGGCGGUGUGCACGAAUGGAGGCGGGCUGCUGAACCCCCACUACUCCAGGUGGGAUCGGCGCGACAGUGUGGACGGUGGCUCUCAGACCGACUGCAGCAAGGAGGCCGGGGAGGGCCAGCCCCGCCAUCUGACACCCUUCGAGAAGCUGACGCUGGACAUGACCCAGGAUGAGAAGGUGGUGAGGGAAAUCACACUGGGGAAGCGCAUAGGCUUCUACCGCAUUCGAGGAGAAAUUGGAAGCGGCAACUUCUCACAAGUCAAGCUGGGAAUUCACUCCCUGACCAAAGAAAAGGUGGCCAUUAAGAUCCUGGACAAGACCAAGUUAGACCAGAAAACCCAAAGGCUACUAUCCCACGAAAUCUCCAGCAUGGAAAAACUGCACCAUCCCAACAUCAUCCGCCUUUACGAAGUCGUGGAGACCCUAUCCAAGCUCCACUUGGUGAUGGAGUACGCGGGGGGUGGGGAGCUCUUUGGGAAAAUUAGCACUGAAGGGAAGCUCCCCGAACCAGAAAGCAAGCUCGUCUUUUCCCAGAUUCUGUCUGCCGUGAAGCACAUGCACGAAAACCACAUUAUUCAUAGAGAUCUGAAAGCAGAAAAUGUAUUCUAUACCAAUAAUACUUGUGUGAAGGUGGGUGAUUUUGGAUUUAGCACAGUAAGUAAAAAAGGUGAAAUGCUGAACACUUUCUGUGGGUCUCCUCCCUAUGCCGCACCUGAACUUUUCCGAGACGAGCACUACGUCGGUGUUUAUGUGGAUAUCUGGGCCUUGGGGGUGCUUCUGUACUUCAUGGUGACUGGCACCAUGCCAUUUCGGGCUGAGACUGUGGCCAAACUGAAGAAGAGCAUCCUCGAGGGCACAUACAGCGUGCCUCCGCAUGUGUCAGAGCCCUGCCACCGCCUCAUCCGAGGAGUCCUUCAGCCAGUCCCCACCGAGAGGUAUGGGAUCGACCACAUCAUGAAUAACGAAUGGAUGCAAGGGGUGCCGUACCCCACCCCUUUGGAGCCUUUCCAGCUGGAUCCCAAACACUUGUCAGAAACCAGCACUCUCAAAGAAGAAGAAAAUGAGGUCAAAAGCACUUUAGAACAUUUGGGGAUUACGGAAGAACAUAUUCGAAAUAACCAAGGGAGAGAUGCUAGAAGCUCCAUCACGGGGGUCUACAGAAUCGUUCUACAUAGAGUCCAAAGGAAAAGGGCUUUGGAAAGUGUCCCAAUAAUGAUACUACCAGACCCCAAAGAAAAAGACCUAAAGAAAGGGUCUCGUGUUUACAGAGGCAUACGACACACAUCCAAAUUUUGUUCAAUUUUAUAAAUUGCAUUAGACUGCUGGUGAUUAACCAAGAUCAUUGUUGCUGCUUUAAAACUUCUUUCAUGGACAACCUGGGUGAAGGCAUUUUUGUAAUUUUUAAAUAAAUUUAAAUUUAAGAUAUGCAAAUGCCCCUUAAAAUGUUUAUUAGUUCAGAUUCUGGCUUGAUUUGGGACCUUGUUCUUAUUCUCAAAUUCCAGCAUUCAUUGAGUUCAUCAGAAACUAUACAUGCCACAUACUGUUUAAGGUUCCAAGGAGACAACAACAAAGAGGUAGGCCAGGUCCCUCUCUUACGUGCAGGACAUGCUACAGGACAAAGGUAUUAACAACUAUAUAGUUGGCCCUCUGGUCUCUGCAUUCUC